AUGUUUAAAUCAAUAGUUCAAAAGACAACUCUUUUAAGGGUAAAUAGUUAUAGUUGUAGUAUAACUCUACAAGUAUGCUCAUAUUCAACGAUUGGAUUCAAGAGAUCUGGAGAUGAUUACAAUAGAAGAAACAAUCGAAACUCGUCUUCUGAAUCUAUAGAAAAUGGUGGUCAAAGAAGAGGAAGAAGUUUCACUCCUAACAACAAUCGAGACAAUAAUAAUAGUAGUAGUAGUACUACUAUUAUAAAAGAUGGUGGUGAUAAUAAUAAUGGAGAACACAAGCAAAGAUUUACAAAACCUUCUCUUGAUUAUCAACAUGAAGAAAAGAGAUCAUCAUCAUUUGAAAAUAGAUCAUCAUUUGAAAAGAGACCAUUUAAUGAUGGUGGUAGUAAUAAGAGAUAUGGAAGAGAUAGAUCAAUUGAUGAUGGUGGUAAUAGGAGUUUUGGUAGAGGAGAUCGUUCAUCUUCUUUCAAAAAGUACAACAACGAUCGUUCUUUUGAUGGUGAAAAGAAUGAUUAUCUAAAAGAAAUGGACCGAAUCAAUCAACAACAAAAGGAAAAAUAUCAAAUUCAAGGUGAAGCAUUGUUUGGUUUGAAUCCAAUUUGGAUUUCAAUAUUUGCCAAUAAUCGUUCAUUUAAUGCUCUCUAUCUUUUGGACUCUACCUAUUCAAGAUUAAAGUUUGGUACUCUCAAAUCAUUAGAUACUCAACCAGAUCCUAAAAGAAAAGGUGAAGUAGUCUUUGAUGGAGAAAAUGAACAAGAAGAAGAAGAAAAUGAAGUUGAAAGAUACAAUGAUAAGAAAAAUGUAAAAGCAGUAAAAGAAAUAAUUAAAAAAUGUAAAGAAUUGGGAGUACCUGUAUACCCAGUUAAAAAACAAUUAUUGGAUACCUUUUCAAAAUGGAAUGUACAUAAUGGAAUGGUAAUGGACUGUUCACCAUUGACUGCUGAAUCAAUUGAUAAACUACAAGUCAUUACAAAGGAAGCAAUGGAUAAACUAAAGUCACCACCAUUGGUUGUUGCACUAGACGAGAUUUGGGAUCCACAAAACACUGGUGCCAUUAUCAGAACCUGUCAUUUCUUUGGUGUCAGCGGUGUUGUUACCACCGACAAGCAUUCCUCCCCGCUCACACCGGUGGCCUCUAAAGCUAGUGCUGGUGCACUUGAAGACACACCAAUCUACAAAACCAUGUCCAUGUAUGGCUUCCUCAAAGGUUCAAAGGAAAAUGGUUGGAAAAUCAUGGGAACUAGCUUAGGCGAAGACAGCAAACCAUUAAAUAGUGUAAAACUCACCCAACCUACUAUUCUUGUUAUUGGCAAUGAAGGUUUUGGUGUAUCGGAUAAUAUUAUUCAGGAAUGUGAUGAAACUGUAAAGAUCCCAGUCUCAAACAAGGCAAACCCCAAACUAGAGAGUUUAAAUGCAUCAGUGUCGGCUGGUAUUGUCAUUAACCAUCUUUUAAAUAAAUAA